UGAAUGAAAAACCAUCAAUCAUAAGAUAGUAGAAAUCUCCUAAGAACUAUAAAAAUGUCAUUCGAUCCGGAGAAGUAAGUUGAAAAAGAAGAUUAUGUGAAGAUGGAAAAGAAAUAUAACGAAUUGGUAUAGAAAGUGCAAACAUUAUUCCUGGAGAUAAACAAUAGAUAUUACGUAAGUAUUGAAACGCUAAAGAGGAUGUUAAUGACAUCAAUGAAAAAUUGAAUAGAAAAUCAAAUGAAUUUGGUUAUACUAGAUUAGCUCCUCAUAGAUUAAUUGAAUUAAUUAAAGAAAUGCUCUCUACUUAUGUUAAGUAACCAAGUUUCUGCUAUUAAUGAAAGGGGUAUCAUUUAGACAGAAGAAGAGGUUCAAUCAUAUAAA